AAUCAAUACCAUCGUACAACACAAACAUGUACUCCAAGGUCAUAGUAUUCUUGUGCGCCGCGGGCAUCGCCUCCGCUGGUAAUCUGCUCCACGCAGCUCCCGUGACAUACGCGGCUGCCCCCGCUGUCGCUACAUACGCUGCUGCUCCCGUGGUUGCCAAGACACUCGCCCCUGCCGUCUCCUACCAGUCGAUCUCCACUCACUCCGCACCUGUGGCCUACGCUGCCGCCGCUCCCGCUGUCCAAUACGCCGCGGCUCCAGUAGUUGCUAAGACAUUGGCUCCUGCUGUAUCCUACCAGUCAAUCUCUACCCACUCUGCACCAGUAGCCUACGCUGCAGCCGCACCCGCUGUCCAAUACGCCGCAGCACCUGUAGUCGCCAAGACACUCGCACCUGCCGUCUCAUACCAGUCGAUCUCCACCCACUCUGCCCCUGUAGCCUACGCUGCAUCCCCAGUAAUUGCCAAAACUUAUGCUGCCCCCGCACUCUCUUAUGCCGCAGCUCCAGUUGUUGCAAAAGCCGUAGCCCCAGCAGUGUCUUACCAAACCAUCUCCACUCACUCUGCUCCUGUGGCAUACGCCAAGACCUAUGCUGCGCCCGCUUUGACUACCUACUCCGCUGCUCCUCUGGUCACUAAAGCCGUUGCUCCCGUGACUUACGCCGCUGCCGCACCCGCUAUCUCUUAUGCGGCUGCCCCAGUACUGAAAUCCGCGGUCGCUUACUCCGCCGCUCCCGCCGUUUCCCACGUAUCCUACUCUACCCUUGGUGCUAGCUACGAUCUUGCUAUCAAGAUUUCUGUUAUCUUUGUGCCGUUGAACUCACCAACAAACAACACAAACAUGUACACCAAGAUCGUAGUCGUCCUUUGCGCGGCGAGCAUCGCCUCCGCUGGGAACAUUCUCCAUACGGCUCCCGUAGCAUCGUAUGCCGCUCCAGCCAUUACCACAUAUGCGGCUGCACCCGUCGUCACUAAAACUCUCGCUCCUGCUGUCUCUUACCAGUCAAUUUCGACACACUCUGCUCCUAUUGCAUACGCAGCAGCUCCCGCUGUCCAAUACGCCGCAGCUCCAGUGGUUGCUAAAACCUUGGCUCCCGCUAUCCAAUACGCCGCGGCUCCAGUAGUUGCUAAGACUUUGGCUCCCGCUGUGUCUUACCAAUCGAUCUCCACUCGCUCCUCUCCAGUAGCCUAUGCUGCAGCCCCCGCUGUACAAUACGCCGCAGCUCCCGUGGUUGCCAAGACAUUGGCUCCUGCGGUUUCCUACCAAUCGAUCUCAACCCAUUCUUCACCCUUGGCAUACGCCGCUGCAGCUCCCCUGAUCGCUAAGACCUAUGCUGCCCCCGCAGUGACGACCUAUGCUGCUGCUCCCCUAGUUACUAAAACUAUUGCUCCCGCUGUAUCGUACGCUGCUGCCGCACCCGCCAUCUCUUACGCGUCUGCACCUGUACUCAAGUCUGCACUAACCUACUCUGCUGCCCCCGCCGUCUCUCAUGUCUCAUAUUCGGGACUAGGAGCGAGCUACGGCUGGUAAAUAUGAGUAUAUUUAAAAUUUACACUAAAUUAUAAUA